CUGCAUCGCAGACGACAACGCUUAAGAAGACAUCAUUAGACUACGGUCUAAUUUUUCUGAAAAAUAAUUGAUAAUUGUGCGGUGUUUCAAGAAUUAUUGGUAAAUGCGUGGUUCUGCCUGGUCACCUUGAUCAUCUGCAUAGAGCAAAAUAAGUUGUUUAGAACGCAUAAAUCACACUUGCUUCACCGAACAAUUCUUGAUUGGGACUAGAAUUAGAAUUAGAAUAAGGGUACGAGUAGUCAUAGUAGUUUGUUAGUUGAAUUGAGUAAAACAUCAAAAACAAAGAAGAUGGCGAAGUCAUUUGCCGUUGGUAUCGAUUUGGGUACGACGUACUCCUGCGUCGGUGUCAUGAAGAAUGACUCCGUCGAGAUCAUUGCCAACGAUCAGGGUAACCGGACCACUCCUUCCUACGUCGCUUUCACCGAUACCGAGCGUUUGAUCGGUGAUGCCGCGAAGAAUCAGGCCGCGCGCAACCCGGAAAACACGGUCUUCGAUGCCAAGCGUCUGAUCGGCCGCAAGUUCGCCGACACGGUUGUCCAGUCCGAUAUCAAGCUGUGGCCGUUCAAGGUCAUCGCUGGUUCAGGUGACAAGCCGAUGAUCUCCGUCAUGUACCAGGCGGAAGAGAAGAAGUUUCAUCCGGAGGAAAUCUCCAGUAACAACAACUUGUUAUGUUUUGUUUCUCGGUCAAAGAGGAGCGAGUAUGUGUAAUUGUCUGCUUGGAAAUUCGAAGAUUUUCUGGAAUUUAGAUGCAAUGACAGGCGGAAAUGUCUUGAUUUUAGUUACAACCUGAUUUUUUAGGUAUGAUCUUGACGAAGAUGAAAGAGACAGCCGAGGCUUAUUUGGGUGGCACUGUAAACGACGCCGUUGUGACUGUCCCGGCUUACUUCAACGAUUCUCAGCGUCAGGCGACCAAGGAUGCCGGUUCUAUUUGCGGUAUGAAUGUGUUGCGUAUUAUCAACGAACCCACGGCUGCCGCUAUCGCCUAUGGCCUUGACAAGAAAGGUGCGGGUGAGCAGAACGUCCUCAUCUUCGAUAUGGGAGGAGGUACUUAAGUUGUCUUAUGAAGUUCCCAGUAGAUCAUGGGUCGAAAGAAAUCUAAGCCUAAAGCUACUACAUGGAAAGAAAUCAGAAAAGUGAAUUUUCCAGUCCAAAAAACAAGUGAUGAUCCCUUUUUAGAACCUGAAUGACGGGUAGUCUCGUCCUGAAGGCAUCUAAAUUCCAAUUGAUAGUCUGAACUGCAAGCUCCUUUUAGAUCCGAAUGGACUAGGCUACGAGCCACAGAGAGAGAAGAAGCUUUAGAAUGAUGAGACUCAUUAGAUACCGGACCGACAAGUUUGCAAAACUUGGCCUGACGGAAUCUAAAUUCCAAUUGAUAGUCCUGAAACGCUUCUGCUCUUCCUCUGUGGCGUGACUAGCGCUACAUCAAAAUCUAGACGUCAGUCAGCAACAAUCUUCCUCAUCUCAAACGCCACAACGCGUUCCUUGGUGACGACGACAGAGUCGUGUGUGUGAUCUACAGGUACCUUCGAUGUUUCUCUGCUGACCAUUGAGGAUGGUAUCUUUGAAGUGAAGUCGACCGCUGGCGAUACGCACUUGGGUGGUGAGGAUUUUGACAACCGGAUUGUCGAUUUCUGCGUGCAGGAUUUCAAGCGCAAGAACCGUGGAAAGGACCUCAGCGGAAACCAGCGUGCGCUCCGUCGUCUGCGCACGCAGUGCGAACGUGCCAAGCGCACCCUGUCGUCUUCGACGCAAGCGACAAUCGAAAUCGAUUCCUUGUUUGAAGGAAUCGACUUCUCUUGCACCUUGUCGCGUGCACGGUAAGGAUUCUUUGGAUUUUCGAAAUUCACGUUAUAGUAUUUCGAGGUCUCAUGUCGGAAAAUUUUGACUGUUUAUUCUCUCGGAAAUAUGAAGAAGUCUAAACUUUCAGCUCCUGCCAAAUCUGCACGUGAUUUGAACUUUUUUUUUUCCUCACAGUUUUGAGGAGUUGUGCAUGGAUUAUUUCCGAAACUCUAUGGGCCCGGUCGAGAAGGCUCUCCGCGAUUCCGGAAUUGACAAGAAAAACGUCCACGAAAUUGUCCUGGUCGGCGGUUCCACUCGGAUCCCGAAGGUAGUGAAUCUUAAGGCAUAUGAGUCUGAUGAAGCAGAGAGUUUGCAUGUUCUUUUGGUCCAAACAAGAAGCUUUUGCUGGCUGACCUCAUCGGUAGUCACGUGCAACUACAAACGAGGUUCCAUGACAUGACAUUCCCCACUAUAGGUCCAGCAGCUUCUGCAAGAGUUCUUCAACGGAAAGGAGCCCAACAGAUCGAUCAACCCGGAUGAGGCUGUUGCCUACGGUGCCGCGGUACAAGCUGCUAUUUUGACCAACCAGGGUGGGUCCACCACUACCGAUAUCUUGUUGUUGGAUGUGGCUCCGCUGUCCAUGGGUCUCGAGACUGCUGGCGGUAUUGUUUCGGAUCUAAAUUUAAGACACUUGAGAGGGGUAGACACGAGAUGCAGGUCCAUGACCAAGACCUUCAGAACACUUCAGAUUUGCGAUACAACUACGACGUACAACAGCAUUUUUUGACAGUUAUUUCUCUCUGGAUGAACAAGUGUUUCGGUCCCCCUAAGAACACGAGUAUUCAAAAAAUUUAGGUGUCAUGACCAAACUGAUCGAGCGUAACACGACUAUCCCGACGAAGAAGAACCAGACUUUCACGACUUAUGCCGACAACCAGCCUGGUGUGCUGAUUCAGGUCUUUGAGGGAGAACGUGCUAUGACCAAAGACAACAAUCUUCUGGGAAAGUUCCACCUCGAUGGUAUCCCGGGUGCGCCGCGUGGCGUUCCGCAAAUCGAAGUCACUUUCGACGUCGACGCGAAUGGUAUCUUGAACGUCUCCGCGCAAGACAAAGCGUCCGGAAAGUCCAACCAAAUCACGAUUACCAACGAAAAAGGACGUCUGUCGCAAUCCGAUAUUGAUCGCAUGGUUGCUGAGGUAUUUCUAAAUUCGAGAUUUGAAUCCGUACCGAAAUUGAGCAACGACCAUACUUUGCACACGAUUUAGAGCAAGUAAAUCACCUGCGUUUCUCCUCGCUAUUGACACACAAUUUAAAUCUUACUGCAUCAAUGAUCAGCUUCAUCUUCCUUCCCACCCACAAUCAAACUACAGGCCGAAAAGUACAAAGCCGAAGACGAAACCAACAAGGUCCGAAUUGAAGCCAAGAACGGCUUGGAGAAUUAUUGCUUCAACAUGCGUAAUUCCAUGGAUGAGCCUAAUUUGAAGGACAAAUUUGAAGCCGAUGAUAAGGACAAAAUUGAGGCAGCCGUCAAAGAGGCCCUUGACUGGCUCGACCGCAACCAGAUGGCCGAGAAGGUAUAACUUAUAUCUUUUGGAAUGUUGAUGACCAUCUGCUUGAGACAGAUGGUAGUCACUGAUUUAGAUCCAAAACAUGUGUAGGUGUGUGCGUUUGUGUGGUGGAGAUGUGCGACUUCUAAAGAUUACCUCCAUUCAUGAUCUGUUUUUGUCACUUUGGAAGGGAAAUGAACCCGACGACGUGAAAAACGUAUCAUCAAUUCUUAGGACGAAUUCGAAGCGAAGCAAAAAGAGGUGGAAGCCAUCGCAAAUCCGAUUAUGAUGAAAGUUUACCAGCAGGCUGGCGGCGGCGAGGGCGGCAUGCCAGGUGGUAUGCCAGGUGGCAUGCCAGGAGGAGGCAUGCCGGACAUGGGCGCUGGCGGCGCCGGCCCGACCGUUGAGGAAGUCGAUUAAGCGACUUCCAGUAAAACAGUCAAAAAAUAAGAAACCAGUAUGUCCUACUAUUUUUAGAUGUGAUGUCAGUCCUGUUCAUAAUGAUAAAUUCUUACGUAGAAGUACUAGGUCUUUUUACCCAUUCAUUGACAUACCGGGGAUGGUGAGAUAACACUUGAUAAACAGCAAUAUUCAAGAUCGUAACACGGUCGGUAGAUCGAUCGAGCAACAAAUAUUCAUUUCUUACAAGCGUUACGAUUACUACCUGAAUCCUUCUUACAUAUAUUUAUAGUCAAGCGUCUUACCUCACAGGUGUUUACGAUGCUUGUCCAAACUACGACGAUACAGGUGUUUACGAUGGUUCGAGACCAUUACGGUGUCCCAGCACGGGUCUCCGUGUGGUUCUAAAGACUGAUUUCGUAGUUCAAGUUCAACGAGAUUUAUGUUUGACUACAUGCAGAAACAGACUACCCGGAAUCCACAUUCCCUUCGGCUAGUCAUAAAUGUGUCAUCACGAAGACGAGAUGCUUCUGAAAUUGAUCAUACAAUUCCUCACUCUUUAGAUUCUUAAACGGAAUUAUAACCGAUUUAGAUCGACUGGUCAUGCAUGGGUCUGAAUCACCCGAACACGCGAGAGGUUCAAUGCCAUGAGAAACCAUCAAACCGUUGUUCAAUCUGAUCGACUCUACCAGAAAUCAGAUUUAGAUUGUCGGAGUCGCCUUUCAAAAAUUGAGAAAUAAGGCCCGAGAGAAUGACAGUGCCGAGGUCCCCUAUUUUCCACAGAGUGAUUUAGAUCGUGUUCUGCAG